AAAACGCCCUAGCCUUCUUGCUGAGCUGGAUAGCCUAAGGAGAGAGACAACUCUCCUUUAUUGUUAUGGAGAGAGACAACUCUCCUUUAUUGUUAUAGAUACUCUUUCUAUAUGUUUGGCUAAAUUAUGUAAAAUAGAAAUAGUUUUUUAUUUAGUAAAAUAAUUAUAUGAAGUGAAAAAUUAAGUAUCUUUUGGGUACUCUUUGGAAAUAUGUCUAGCAAUAUAAAUGAAAAUUGUUUGGAAACAUGGAUAACAAUAUUUUUAAUACUUACUUUUAUGAGUAUUUGCAUCAUAUAGCUACAAAUCAUAAACAAAUUAAGUAAAUGGCAUAGCUACAAAAAUAAUACUGUACAUAUUUCAUAUUCCCCACAAUGCCCCUACCAUAACUCUGAGCUGAGUCUGACACACUAAAUUCUAGAGUCUAUGAUCUUGUAAUUAUUACCUACUCUACCCUAUUACACGCAACCGGUUAACAGUGGAAAGCUAAACAAUAUUCAAAUCUGUAAUUACAUAAUCUCUCUUAUCUCACUGUCUCACUUACGUUCUCUUUUUGUUCUUCCUAUUUUUUCUUUGUGCAGAUUUUGAUUCGAUUCAUACUAUUAUAUUUUCCCGAUUCGGAUCUCCUUUUCUCCUCCCCUAACUGUCUGACCAGGAUCUGAGCAAAUUCCAUCUCAAGAAAGAGCUGACUGAAAAAAAAGCUUCUCGAGUUAUACACGAUCUAGGUACCUCUUCAUCUUGGAGAUCCCCUCUCACUUCCUCCAGAUCUAUCGCCCGGUGUGCAGAAACGGUGACAAGCAAUAAACUCCAAUAUCCUAUGGAUUCUCAUAGAGGCUUCUGACUAGAAACAUGAGGCAAAUUGUAACAACUAGUAACUCAUCAUAAAAAAACUAGUAACUCACUGAAUUCAUGUCGGAGGAGCUUAGAAGAAGAAAAUGUCAGUAUUACAAGUGAUGAGAAAAGGGUGGCCUUCAUUAUUGAUGAAGCUGGAAUCGUUGCACUUGUAAAGAACCGGACUUUUGACAUGACCAUUGCCAUUGGUGAUGGUGCCAAUGAUGUCUCCAUGAUCCAAAUGGUUGAUGUUGCAGUAGGGAUCAGCGGCUAAGAAGGUAGGUAAGCUGUAAUGGCACCAGAUUUCGCAAGGGGACAGUGUAGAUUCUUAGUUCCACUACUGCUAGUCCAUGGACACUGGAAUAAUGGAAGAAUGGGAUACACGGUACUGUACAAUUUCUACAAAAGCUGUUUUUGUUCUAAUUUUAUUUUGGUGAGUACUUUUUAACUGUCUUUCAUAUUUCGGAUUCCGGAUUCACUGUGUAUUAUCCGGUUCUAAUAAGCAUUCCUGAUAUGGAUACAUGAUGUAUUUUCUGGAUAUUAUCUUUUAAAUCCAGAUUAUCUUCGGUUAUAAUACACAUUCAUGAAUAUCAGUCUAUGAUUAUUGGAGAGGAAGAGGAAGCUGCCGUGCUGCUCAUGGCUCUCUCGUAUGGAUCAGUCUAUGAUUAUUGGUUUCUAGAUCCCAUCAUUGUAGACGGUGGCUAAUCCUCAACAAUUAUUAGGGAGUUCAUCUUUAAUCCAGAUAGCAAUGAUGAUUACAAAAUUUACAAACAUAUUUUUUUUGGUUAACUGCAAAUUUGAUGCUAACUUUGAUUAAAUCUGGAUAUUUUUGUUUGAUUAACUGAAGCUAACUAUGAUUUAAUCCGGCUAUUUUUUACCCAUAGAUUUGUAGAGUUUGUUAAUGGCUAAUAAGUCAUAAUAUACAAUUUGUGUAUGAACCAUUUAAUUUGGAUGCUAAACGACAAUAAAUUGGUAUUGUAAUUUAUAAGCUACAUAAAUAUCUUAAAUUAGUCUUGUUUUAUCAUAAGAUCUACAAUAAUAAUUAUAAAUACGUUUUAUAAUCGGAUAAUAAAUAGAUAAUAUGGAUUAUGACAGUAAUAGUCGGAUAAUAGGUUUUUUUGUCUGUAAUAUCAAUGCGUAUUAUAACCGGAUUAAAAAUCAUGUUCUCGAGUUGAUUAAUUAUAAGAGAUGAAGUAGUAUGUAUGUGUGAGUUUUAACCGGGUAUUAAUUAGGAAGUUAAUCCGGAUAAAGCUUGUAAUAGCCAACAAUAUCAUUUGUUAGCCGAAAUUAACAUGUGGUAUACCUUGAUAUGUAUAUCAUCUUAUUUUAGUUCAUUGAAGUGGUUUUGUGAUGCAUUUAGGUGUAUACACUGCAUUUGUAUGUUCAUUUUCAUUGAUAGGGGCUAAAGUUAACAUUUGAAGUUUUGGGUUGAAACCUUAAACUUAGUUCUGUAAUAUAGUAAGUUUCGGGUCAAAAAUAAAAACUAUACAGAGAUCAGGGAUCAUUUGUUCAUUUGUGUGGAGGUCUAGAAUGUACAAUCAAUAUGCUAGGGAUUAAUUCAAGAAAAUAUAUGUACAAUUCAAGAGUUUGGAAUCAGAAACGAAACUAUGAAAAAUCUUAGGGAUCAUAUAUGCAAAAGAGCCAAAGUUGUCCAUUGUUGUCUCAGCAAGCUUUUGGAGACCAAUUGGAGUCGCGACUUGCGGCGGUGAAAGCCACCAACUCCAAAUCUAGAGCAUGACAAUUGCGGGAGAGGAGCAAGGUGAUGACGGCGGAUACAGACGAAGACACACAUCAGAGUGUUCGACAAGACGCGGAGGUAACGCAGUGCGGAGGAGACUCAGAUUGAAAAACCCAGAAAUACAAUAAAACAGUGGACCAAAGAACCAAGUCUCAUCAUGAAACAAGGAACCAAACCGAAAAAUACAAUGAAACAAGGAACUAAGGAAAUAAGAAGAUCCAAAAUUUAGCAAAAGAAACAGAAAAGAAGAAGAUCCAAAAUUUAGCAAAAGAAACAUGAAAUAAGAAGAACCCAAAAAAUACGGCGAAACAAGGAAUUAGCCAACCUCUUAAUGUAUCUUUCACACAAUCUGAAUUUGACACCAACUGACACGCUAACUGACACAAGACUACCCUACCUAAAUCCACCUACAGCAUAGACUUCUAGCUCUUCUCUCACUUCGCAUGGACAUAAAGGUAAUUUCAUCGCCCCUUACUAACCGGAUACGCAAAUACUAUUUUUUAUGCAUGAAUAGCUAAUUACCAAGCUGAAUAUGGAUAUUGAGCUAAAUGACUCUACUUUUAUUUACACAUUUAGCUAUUGUAUUUACAAUAAAUUAAAUACUUCCUUUUUGUAUUUAUUUUUAUUUACAAAUUCUGCCACUACAUUGAAAAUUCAUUUAAAUUAAUUAAUUACAAUUCCAAAGAUUAUCUAACCAAUUUUUUUUUUAGUAUUACCUUAUUUAGUUUAGUCAAAUAUAAAAAUUCGAGAGUUCAAUUUUCAAGAAAUAAAAUAUCAUAAAAAUUAAUAAUAAUUCAUAAAAAACUAAUGCAAAAAAAUUAUGAAGUAUUGAUUUAUGAAGUAUUUGGUUAUACAGAUUUAUAAAGUAUUUGGUUGUUUUUUGAAUUUGGCUCGGUUUUGGUUUGGAUAAAAAUGUUAUGAACCAUUCAAUAUCCAAUAACAUUUGGAUCCAAUUUGAUUCUGAUUCGGAUUUGGUUUUCGGAUAAUUUUGGAUAACUCGUUAAAAACUGAUUUUUGGAUUAACUAUUGUGUAAAUCGGAUAAGUUUAAUAUUUUAAAUAAAAUUAUUCAGGUAAUUAGGAUAAUUUGAAAUAUUUAGAUUAAAAAUUGGAUAAUGUGGUUUAUAAACAGUAUUUUCAGAAUAUUUGAUAAUUUUAAAAUUAAAUAUAAUUAAUAACUCUAGAUAUAUAUAAUGUAUUUUAGAUAUUUGGGUACCUAUUCGAUUUUGGUUUAGUUCUCGUUCAGUUUUGGGUUUUUUUUGGCAACAAACGGCGAUUCUAUUACUUAAACUUGAGGUAAUCUGCAUAACUAGACCGGAAUAGAACAACAAAUAAAGCAAAGAGAUCUAUGAAAAAAAUGGGUAUUUCUAGGUAGCGAAUCAUCAAUUUCAUUUUGCGCCCUUGGGAAGUAGCUGAUUUUGAAAUCUGGAAAAUACAUUUAGAGAAUUUGAAUGACCUCUAGCUCAGUUGAGAAGUUUGACCAAGCUUGUGGAUCCGUUAUCAUUGCAAUCAGGUCCUUACGAUCUGUCUCAAAUCUCUGACAGGUCGAAUGUUGUAACAGGCUCUCCAUUGCCCAUCUUAGCUUUUCCAGUUCCGACUAUAAUACUGUCUCACGCCUCCUUAAGUUUUGUGUCUCCAUAAGUUGGAUCUUUCUCAUGUUAUCCUUCCAAACCUAUCCAAUUCCACUGAAUUGAUCUGUGGAGAUCUAUGAACCAUCCACCGUACAAAUAUUACCCAAGCUUAAGGCUUGUGUUUCUUCAACAAUUUGUGCUUGUGGAGGAGCAUGUAUAAUAUCCUUUGCAUUGUACCAUGUCUGACACUCACUCUCUGCAUACCUGACUAGCUCGAACGGAUCCAUGUCUAUACCUCUAAAUAGCUUAUCAUUCCUAACUUUCCAAAUGUACCAGAUUAUCCAAAGAUAAGGGUCUCUAUCAUCUUCUGGCUCCAUAAUAUUAUUCUUCCUCCAAAAAAGAUAGUCCAUAUUGACGUAGAUACUUGAGAUAGGGAAAUUUUGAGAACUGACGGUGUUGAUGAUAAUGCCCAUGCUUGUUAGGCCGAUGGGCAUUCGAAAAUCGCAUGAGUAACAAUUUCGUCUAGCUCUCCACAUCUUGGGCAGUAGUUAUUGUUGGGAAAAAAUAUCCAGAUGUUAAAUUUCUCCAGACCCGGGCAGGACAGCGGCCUCCGGAUCCCCGCUAGGAGACGUUCCAGGUCCCCGCUAAGAAACGCCCCGGGUCCGACCCUUGCGAUCAUUCCCUCCUCUGCGAGAAAUGGAAAUCUUCCGAUACAGGGAUCUUUCUAUAUUUCUGAAUAUGGAAGAGUUUAAUCCUAUUGGCCGACUAAAACCGACGUAAAGAUGGCUAUAUAACGGGAGCCCAAACCCUAUAACAAGGGAUCAACACUUGGAGACUAAGAGAAUAGAGCUAGGCAGCCAAAACUAGAGUUCAUACACAAAUCUAUUGUAGCUCAUGCUCUUUGAUCAAAUAAAACAUCUCUUUCAAUCUCUUUACUCUUAAAUCCUUACCAAAUACAAAGCUUGUCCAUCAUCUGUGGUACUCACAAAGAUCCUACACAAAAAUUCCUAACAGUUUGGCGCUAGAAGGAGGGGAGUAAUCUAAACUACGUGACGAUGGCGGUGGAUGAGCAAAACGAGCUACCCGAAGCUACCCGAAGCUACCCAAAGAGAAGCCGAACUCCAAAGGCACUCGAUGGUCUGCAAAGUCAAGUAACCGAGCUGCACCAGGCUCAAGAAAAGAUUAUGGAGAAUCCCGAGCUCUCCUCAGAAGUCCAAAGCUUGAAAGAGAAGCUAAACGAUCAUUCCAAGCAGCUAGAGCUGAGUGCCGAGAAGCUCAACCAAAUCGAAUCGGAGAACCUUGUCCUUCGAGACAAAAAUCAAGCCCUCAAUACGUCAGGUAACAAGAAGCGUCGCUUUCGGACUCAGAUCAGAUCCAUGCCAACUCUUGAGACACCUAACUCCGAAGGAGACACGACUCGUCCGUCUACGGCGUUGAAUGGAGACAGAGCAACACACGGGAAGGCCAAAGGUACUCAGACCUACGAUGUAGAAGACAGCGAUUAUGAGUUGGAACCCGAUAAGGAAAUACCCAAGGGAGGAACGGCGACGAGAUCCUUUAUGACCGCCUACCUGGAGAAGAUGUUCUCCAAGAGGCUCGACGCCAUGCAAUCCAUGGUGGAAAGGCUCCCAGGGGUAGCUCCCCCAAUCUGGAAAAGCGAUACCGACUCCUACGCCGAUACUCCUUUCACGGACGAGAUCACCCUGAUCGAGAUGCCGAGGAAAUUCUUCUUUCCCAGCAUAAAAAUGUAUGACGGUACCGACGAUCCAGAUGACCAUAUCGCCAUGUACAAACAUAGGAUGCUCCCUGUAGCACUCCAAAAGGAGUGGCGCGUAGCUACUCUGUGCAAGGAUUCGGUUCAACCCUGACUGGACCCGUCCUGCAAUGGUACAUCAACCUACCUUCCAAGUCCAUAUCCUCUUUUGGGAUUCUUAGCGACAAGUUCGUGGAGCAGUUCGCUAGCAGUAGAAACCUGGAGAAAACUUCGAGGUUUGAACCUCCAGCAUCGGGCUGAACCCUUGCGAGGCUAUAUAGCCCGCUUCAAUCAAGAGAAGGUGACGAUUCCCGAAUGUAAUGUCCCUACUGCAAUCUCUUCCUCCAAGAGAGGCAUGCUCCCCGACGGGGACCACUAUAAGGAGCUAAACAAAUUACCAGUGCAAGUCCAUGGAAGACGUCCUGUCCCGAGCAUGGGCACAUGUAAAAUGGGAAAAAGUUGUCGCAAGUUGCGCUAAGGCACAGAAAAAGCAAGAACUAAAGGUGAUCGGGCCGGACCGAAACGGUCGAGACGAGAGACCCUCUCCAAGAUCAAUAAAAGAUUUCGGGAACAGGAACUGGGGCAGAUACCAGAACCGACCGCUCGAUAAGGCAUAAGGGAUGGAAGUGUCCAUGUAGCCAGAGAUCUCUCACCUCUCUAUCUCAAAGCCGGAGCUGGUCAGUGUUCUGAAGCAGAUGGGCCAACAGGUCAAGUGGCCUCAGAAGAUGAAAGCACAUGAUUCCUUCCGGAACCCUGGUCAUUGGUGCGACUUCCACCGCGACCACGGUCAUAAAACGGAGGACAGCGUCGCAUUAGGGAUUGAGGUCACCGAACUACUUAAGAAAGGAUAUCUCCGGGAAUUCCUUUCCGAUAAGGCCAAGGGCCACCUAAAUAAAGAGCAUGGUUUUUUUCAAUUUUUUUAAAAAAAUUUACAUUAAAAAGCUCCCAAAUUUUUUAAAGCAAAAAUAAUUUUUUAAUUAAAUAUUUUAUGGCCUUUAU